AUGGAGCGGGGCGGGGGCGACUGCCACGGCCGGGAUUCUGACCUCGAUCUCUGCUCUCAGGGUCCCUCAGGCGGUCAGGAGGCCCAGGCGCCCCUCCAAGAGACGCGCGUUAAAGCCAAGGAGCUGCAGCAGGAGGAUGGAGGCUUCCCCGCCCGUCUUGAGGGCAGCAAGGAAGCCGGAGGGGAGCUCAGGUGCUCCCCAGCUCCGUGGGGGGGAAAAGAGAAGGCAAAAGAGGAUCGAGAAAAGCGCGGCGGAGAAGAGCAGGAAGACGUGGAGGUGGUGGAGAUCAGAGGAGGCGUGAAGGAACCCCGUCCCGGAGCGAGGGCGGAUGGGGACGAGGACGGUGCUGCAGUCAGGGCCUCGCGCGGGCUCGCACACGCCGGCGGUGAUGGCGGUGGGGCGCAGGCCGGUGAGGGGCUGGGGGUCCUCCCUGAGGACCUGAAGAUCCCCCUGGUGCUUCGCCCUUUGCCGCCUGGUGCCCGUAUACAGGUCCAAGGCCCCCUGCUGCCAAAGCUGAUCCAGGUGUCAAAGGGGCCCGUGAGCCAAGUGCCUCUUAAAAUGCAGACCCUGCUGGAGCCUUCCGUAAAAAUUGAAACUAAAAACGUUCCCCUCACAGUACUGCCCUCCGAUUCAGGUAUGCCAGAUACUCCAUUCAGCAAGGACAAAACUGGCCACGUAAAGCGUCCAAUGAAUGCAUUUAUGGUGUGGGCUAGGAUUCACCGACCUGCCCUAGCUAAAGCCAACCCCAAUGCCAAUAAUGCUGAAAUCAGUGUUCAGCUGGGGUUGGAGUGGAGCAAACUGACUGAAGAGCAGAAACAGCCCUAUUAUGAUGAAGCUCGGAAAAUAAAACAAAGGCACAGAGAGGAAUUUCCUGGUUGGGUUUAUCAACCACGACCAGGCAAGAGGAAGCGUUAUCCACUGGCUGUCUCUGCUGUAUUUUCCAGCACUACCCAGAAUAUCAUCACUACAAAUCCAGUUGCUGUUUAUCCCUUUUCAUCACCUGCAUUUCCUGCUGCCAUGCACAGUAUUCAGAAAAAUAUUGGACAUCCAGUCUGUGAAGCUCCUUCUGCCAGCCGGCUGCCAGCUUCUUCUAUUCAACGUCCAAGUCCAAUUAAUCUUUUCCGACCUGCUAUUGCAAGCACCACUCCAGUAGCAGUUCCAGCUCCAACCCUGCCUCUGCGCCCUGUAAUUGCAUCACAGCACUUUGCUGAGCCUACUCAGAGAGAAGCUCGUGAUGUAUCAUCUGGAUCCUAUUGCUUUCUGAAGAGAUCAACACCAGUUGUUGUUGAUCUCUCCAGUAGAAGUUCAAGUGCCACAUCAAACACUAGUGACAGAUUUUCUGUCCCUAAUAGCGAGUUUCCAAAGGAUUUGUCAGGGAUUUCUGCUUAUCCUAGAGGUGUACUUCUUCCCCAGGUCACACCUCUUCCUCAUUCGCAUCUCUGUGAGAGUCCUCCCAUUGGGCAGGCAGCCAGUCUGUAUGGAGUACCUCCUCAGUUUUCAUUUUAUCACCCCUACUUUGUUCCUGGACCUCACUAUAUCCCCUCAAGCACGUGCCCAUUCAGCCGUCCCCCUUUUGGCUGCGGGAAUUUCUCCAGCUCAGUGCCUGAAUGCUUUGGCUUCUAUGGAGAUGGCUACCAAAAGCAGGAGAUGAAGUUUUCACCUCUGUACAGAGAUUACUCUUUCAGGGGACACCCAGGGGGAAGAAUACGUGAAGACUCACGUGUCUGCACAGACCUCGAAGAAGUGACCUAUCACAGCAGCCACAGUGAGGAGGGUUGUAUUAGUAUUAGCCCCAUAUCACAGCUAGACACUGGAGCACUUGAGAAUGAUUUGCCAGCCACCCCACCUUCUCCUUCCAGCAUCCAGCUAGUCAAUGUGACUGACAGCGAGGACGAAGAAGAAAAAAAGGUGUUGCAAGAGCUGUGAUGUUUAAACCAAU